AUGCAUUCUUACGCCUCUUUGAUCUUCCUUCUCUUUUUCUCCUUCCUCACUAGCUUCGGAGCUUAUGCUAAAGAUCCUAAUUUCCUGUACCAUUCUUGUCCAAAUACGACAACAUAUUCAAGAAACAGCACUUACUCCACCAAUCUCAUAGCCCUUUUAUCCUCUCUGUCUUCCCGCAACGCUUCAUACACCACCGGAUUCCAAAACGCCACGGAGGGAAAAUCUCCCGACAGGGUCACCGGACUUUUCCUUUGCCGUGGAGAUUUCUCGCCAGAAGUUUGUCGUAGCUGCGUCGCCUUUUCAGUCAACCAAACCUUAACUAUGUGUCCGGAUGCGAGAAGAGCCGUGCUCUAUUACGAGGAGUGCAUGCUCAGAUACUCUGACAACAAUAUUAUGUCGACCCUUUCAUUUGGUGGAGGAUAUAUCUUGUUGAACGCCAAUAACAUUUCAUCUAACCUAGAAGACCGGUUCGGAGAUUUGGUAUCGUCCACGAUGAAUCAAGCUGCCGUCGAGGCAGCCAGCAGUCCUAGAAAGUUCAAUGCGACGAAGGCCAAAUGGACCACACUCCAGAGUUUGUACGUACUGGUUCAAUGCACUCCUAAUCUUAGGAGACAAGACUGCUUGAGUUGUCUGCAAUAUUCCAUCAAUGGAAUGGCUCUUAACUCAAUGGGUGGAAGACUUCUUUAUCCUAGUUGUAGUUCAAGGUACGAGCUCUCCCCUUUCUACAACGAAACCUCCGUUAGUACACAGCCACACCAACAAGCAUUACCGCCGUUGUUGCCUCCGUCUGCCUCUCCAGUCGCAUCUCCUCCUCGAUCUGGGAAAGGUGGGAAUUCGAAUAUGUUAGUGGUAGCCAUUGUGGUGCCUAUUAUAGUGGCUGUUCUGCUUUUCAUUGCUGGUUAUUGUUUCCUUGCAAAGAGGGCACAUAAGAAUUCCGAUACUCAACAAGCAUUUGAUGGGGAUGAUAUAACAACCGAAGAGUCACUGCAACUUGACUAUAGAACAAUUCAAGCGGCAACGAAUAAUUAUUCAGAAAAUAAUAAGAUUGGUCGAGGAGGAUUUGGUGAGGUUUACAAGGGUACACUUUCGAAUGGGAGCGAAGUUGCUGUAAAGCGACUGUCAAAAUCAUCAGGACAAGGUGAUACGGAGUUCAAGAACGAGGUUGUUGUUGUUGCAAAGCUUCAGCAUAGAAAUCUGGUACGGCUUCUCGGAUUUUCUCUAGAACGAGAAGAAAGGAUACUGGUUUACGAGUAUGUGCCCAACAAAAGCCUUGAUUACUUCCUCUUUGACCCUACAAAGCAAGCUCAGUUGGACUGGACUCGACGAUACAAGAUCAUUGGGGGAAUUGCUAGGGGGAUUCUAUAUCUUCAUCAAGAUUCACGGCUCACAAUCAUACACCGUGACCUCAAAGCAAGUAACAUUCUCCUGGAUAAGGAUAUGAAUCCGAAAAUUACUGAUUUUGGAAUGGCUAGGAUCUUUGGAUUGGACCAAACCCAAGAGAACACAAGCAGAAUAGUUGGUACCUAUGGUUACAUGUCUCCAGAAUACGCGAUGCAUGGCCAAUUCUCAAUGAAAUCUGACGUAUAUAGCUUCGGGGUGUUAGUUCUUGAGAUUAUAAGUGGUAAGAAGAAUAACAGCUUCUACGGGACAAACGGCACACAUGACCUCCUUACAUAUGCUUGGAGGCUUUGGAGUAACGGACCAGUGUUAGACCUCGUGGAUCCAAUGAUUGUAGAAAAUUGCCAAAAGAGUGAAGUGAUUCGAUGUAUCCAUAUUGGUCUUUUAUGUGUUCAGGAAGACCCGGUAGAGCGUCCAACCAUGCCAGCCAUUUUCAUGAUGCUUACUAGUAAUACUGUGACUCUACAAGUGCCUCGACAACCAGGUUUUUUCGUUCAGAGUAGACUCGAACAAGACCCGCUUGAUUCAGAUCAAUCAACAACGAGCAAGUAUGUUUCAGGGUCUGUAAACGAUUCUUCGAUCACUGAUUUAUAUCCUCGUUGAGUAUGAUGUUUAGCUCCAAACUAACUCGAACCAAUUGGUAUUAUAAAAACACAAGUGACAACGUUUUUAUCAGUAGAAUUAAACGCAAACAUUUACGUACUAUUGUCUCACGCCAUGUGUCUGAUUUA